AUGAAUUUUGGAAACAGAACGCCUACCAUCGUUGUACUAAAGGAAGGUACAGAUGCAUCCCAAGGUAGAGGCCAAAUUAUAUCGAAUAUCAAUGCCUGCAUAGCAAUCCAGGAGACCCUGAAACCAACUUUAGGUCCAUUGGGUUCUGAUAUCCUAAUUGUCUCAUCCAACCAAAAGACGACCAUUUCCAAUGAUGGUGCUACCAUUUUGAAAUUACUGGAUGUUGUUCAUCCAGCAGCCAAGACAUUAGUCGAUAUAUCAAGAGCUCAAGAUGCCGAAGUUGGGGAUGGUACCACCAGUGUUACAAUAUUAGCAGGUGAAUUAAUGAAGGAAGCCAAACCAUUUUUGGAAGAAGGUAUUUCAUCUCAUAUCAUUAUGAAGGGUUACAGAAAGGCCGUUGCCUUGGCGAUUGAGAAAAUCAAUGAACUAGCUUUGGAUGUUUCUUCUGAAGAACAAGGUAACAGGGAACUACUAGAACGUUGUGCUAGAACCGCAAUGAGUUCAAAGCUAAUUUACAAAAAUGCUGAUUUCUUUGUUAAAAUGUGUGUCGAUGCCGUCUUAUCACUCGAUAGAGAUGACCUGGAUGAUAAAUUGAUUGGUAUUAAGAAAAUUCCAGGUGGUGCCAUGGAGGAAUCUUUAUUUAUCGAUGGUGUUGCCUUCAAGAAGACAUUUUCAUAUGCUGGGUUUGAACAGCAACCAAAGAAUUUUAAAAACCCGAAAAUCUUAAGUUUGAAUGUUGAACUAGAAUUGAAGGCUGAAAAGGACAAUGCUGAGGUCCGUGUAGAGCAUGUUGAAGAUUACCAAGCUAUUGUGGAUGCUGAGUGGCAAAUUAUUCUAGAUAAACUUGAACAAAUUGAACAGACUGGUGCCAACAUUGUUUUAUCUAAACUUCCAAUCGGUGAUUUAGCUACGCAAUAUUUUGCCGACCGUAACAUUUUCUGUGCGGGUAGAGUAGGUGCAGAUGAUAUGGGUCGUGUGAUAAAGGCUGUUGGUGGUUCUAUCCAAUCUACUACAACUGAUAUCAAGCCUGAACAUCUAGGUACUUGUGCUAAAUUCGAAGAAAUCCAGAUCGGUUCUGAACGUUAUAAUUUAUUCAAAGGUUGCCCACAAGCUAAGACAUGUACUCUUCUACUAAGAGGUGGUGCAGAACAAGUUAUUGCAGAAGUUGAAAGAUCUCUACACGACGCUAUCAUGAUUGUGAAGAGAGCUCUACAGAAUAAGUUUGUUGUUGCAGGUGGUGGUGCCAUCGAGAUGGAAAUUUCUAAAUACCUAAGAGAUUACUCCAAGUCCAUUGCUGGAAAACAACAAUUAAUUAUCAGUGCAUUUGCCAAGGCAUUAGAAGUCAUUCCAAGACAAUUAUGUGAAAAUGCUGGUUUUGAUUCCAUCGAAAUCCUAAAUAAAUUAAGAUUAGCACAUAGUAAGGGUGAAAAAUGGUAUGGUGUUGAUUUUGAAGCUGAAAAUAUCGGAGACAAUUUUGCUAAAUUUGUUUGGGAACCUGCUUUAGUGAAAAUCAAUGCAUUAAACAGUGCUACUGAGGCAACAAAUUUAAUUCUUUCUGUUGACGAAACCAUCAAAAAUCAAGAAAGUCAGGGUGCUAAUGCAGGUAUGAUGCCACCACAAGGUAGGGGAAGAGGUAUGCCAAUGCCAAUGCAAUAA